GUAUGCAGUGUAAUUGUACAGUGAUGUGACAUGUAAUCAAAAUAUGUGUAACAAAAUAGCAUUCGCCCACAAACAGGAAAAAAGUAUGAUGUUAUGACAAGUAUCAAUGGCUGAUGUUGGUAAUUAACACAAUGUAAUUGUAGGUAUGAAAGGUUGAACAAAACCAAUUCAAUUACGUAAUUAUUCUGGUCAUUAAAGCCAGAGCCACAUUAUGCUCAAGGACUGCAAACAAUAUUUAAAAUGGAUGUACACCACCUUUGUGUAUGGAGAAGUGGAAACCUUUUCUAAAGAGGAUAGUGAUGGGCCAAAGGUUCAGUGAUUUGAAAGGACUUUUCAGCACAAUGGAAAACAUAGGAAGUACAAUACCAGCAGAUAUUGCUGGUAAUACAUUGAUCAACCGCGAUGAUUCAAGUGAACAUAUUGAAGGAGAAAGUGAUAGAAGUGGAAUGGGUAACAGUAAUUCUUUAAGUUUAACUGUAGAUGUAGCCACUUCACAUAGUAAUGUUAAUGGUAAUAAUGCAGAAGGCGUAGAUCAGCACUUUGAGAAUAUAUAUAGUAAUUGUGCUGAGGCUUCAAAGAGUGAAGAAAAAAAUGGUAAUAUGGUAGAGCAAGCUGGAUCUCUGUAUUCAUGCUUAUGCCAAAAUAAAGACCAUACUUGUGGAAAGAGAUGUAAAGAUGAAAAUUCUAUGCAUCCUCCUUGUAAGAGAUCUGAAGAACAAAAUAUAGGAAGUUUGCGCCGUGGUACAUCUAGAACUUUAUCUUUUGUGAAUGGGAAAAGAUCUCGGGCUAAAUCAGUGAGAUCACCAAAGGAAACUGCAAGCUCAAGUAAUAAGAAGAAGCGUAACAAUUGGGUUCUUAAAUUCAAUUGUGCUCGUUUGAAAGGAGGUGGUAGUUGUGGGGGGGUGGGAUCAGAAACAGACAUUCCAGAACCCAAUGUUGGUUGUGAAUCUUGUAUGUGCACAAGUUAUCGAAGAACAGAAGAACAUCACCUUGGGGCAGGUGUAGUAUUUGAAGCUGCACCAAGACAGCUGGAGUCUUACCCAAGCAGUGAUUCAAGUACCAGUAUCAGUGAAGAAAAUGCGGCAGUGGCAGCCCCAUCACCAGCAGACCGCUUAAUUGACAUGUCUAAGUUUAAUCCUGCGGACUACCCAAUUGAAGAUUGUGAUGAAAAAGCCAGGCAGGAACGGGCCCGGGAAAUGGCAGAGGGUGUCGAACCUCCUCCCGGCUUCUGUCCUGGACAACAUAUCCAGUUGCUGUGUCCCCCAGAAUUAACAAUUGACAACCUGACUGCAUUAUUCCAGACACACUUAAGCAUACAUUCGGCAGCUCUUACAGCUUUGUCCCAGUUGGAUGUGAGUCUUUCAUCAUCCAGUCAACGUGUUGUUCAUACACAGGUGGAUUAUAUUCAUUGUUUGGUACCAGACUUAUUACAAAUAACAUCUUGCUCUUUUUAUUGGGGCAAAAUGGAUCGUUUUGAAGCAGAGAAAUUGCUGGAAGGUCGUCCUGAAGGAACAUUUCUGCUUCGUGACUCAGCACAAGAAGAAUAUUUAUUUUCUGUAAGCUUCCGUAAAUAUGGGCGUUCACUUCAUGCCCGCAUUGAACAAUGGAAUCACCAUUUCAGCUUUGAUUCUCAUGAUCCUGGUGUAUUUGCAUCUCCAACAGUUUGUGGUCUUAUUGAACAUUAUAAGGACCCAUCUUGCUGCAUGUUCUUUGAACCUAUGCUUACGUUUCCUCUCCAUCGUAACUUUACUUUUCCCUUGCAACAUUUGUGCCGAGCUGUAGUGUGCAGCAAGACUACCUAUGACAGUAUCAACCAACUCCAUCUUCCAAAGGCAUUAAAAGGGUACCUGAAAGAAUAUCAUUAUAAACAAAGAGUCCGAGUGAAGAGAUUUGAUCUAGAGCAUUAGAUUGUUUGAGGAAGUAAAUAUCAUAUCACAUCAGAACAUGCUUUUUUUUAAUUCAACAACCAAAGAUGGUGCUGUUUAAAAAAUAAAAGAUGUAUAUUUAUAAUUUUAGAACUUACAAGAGCAACUUUUAGUUAUAUUGCUUUCACCUCUAUUCUGCAAAAGUGGAUAAGCAUAAUAUAUUGAUUUGUUGCUCUAGGCAGGUAUGUCAAGUCAAAAUAAACUCUUCAUAGCUCAAUAGUUAGAAAGUAGCUGACCGAUUUGUUAGUACCUGGUGCAGACAACAUGCCAUCUUAGACAUCCAUAGAUUAGUGACUGUUUUCUACCAAUGAACAUGUAUAAGUACACAGUUUGCCAGUAAGAUGCCUAAGAAUAACCAGUUUGCAUAAUUCUUAGAGUAAUGUAUUGUAACAUGUAAUAUGAAAGUUUUAAAAUCCACUAGUUUCAGAACCAGAAUCAAUCAGUUGUAUGUAAAGAAGCGGCAAAAUAGAAGAACCAUAACACUGAGAAAUUAAUCCACUUCAGAACCACUGUUUAUAUCAG